CUUUUUCUGCAGUUCUCUUUUUUACUGAAACUUUGCACCAAUUUCAUCCUAAACUAUCAGACAAUGAUCUUUCACUACUCAAACAAGCGCUACAUUUUUAGUGUCUUCUUCCUUUCCAUCCAUCUUUUCGCUCCCUUUGCCAAUCCACUUUCCUUCAGCUUCCCACAAUUCGACUCUGGCUCAAAUAAAAUACACAACGCGGGCGAUGCCCGUCUCUCCUACACAAGGAUCGAACUCAACCAGCAGCUGGGGUCACCCUGUGUCGGGCGAGCUACGUAUUCAGAGCCUCUGCAGUUAUGGGACUCUACUACGAGCUUGCUCGCAGACUUCGAAACUCAUUUCACGUUUACUGUCAAUUUUGGCGACAGUCCGAACACUAUUGGCGACGGUUUUGCCUUUUUUCUUGCACCCGUUGGCUAUCCUAUUCCGCCCAACUCCCACAGCGGUAAUCUAGGAUUGUUCAACAAAACAACUAAUCUUGUAGUGUCACAAAACCAUAUUGUAGCUGUUGAGUUUGAUACCUUAAGAAACGAGUGGGAUCCACCUGCGCCGCACGUGGGGAUCAACGUGAAUCAGAUUUCCUCCACGGUUAGUGGCAGUUGGGAUUUUAGAAACAAAAGUGAGAGCGUUGGUCAUGCAUGGAUAACUUACAAUGCUUCCUCCAACAACCUCAGUGUGUUUUGGAGAUACGACGUAAACCCUGUUUUUGUGGACAACUCUUCUCUUUUUUCUGUCAUUGACUUGCGAAAGGUUCUCCCCGAACAGGUUACAAUUGGAUUUUCUGCUUCUGCUGUUCACAAGCAGCGGCAUGUUAUAAGUUCAUGGGAAUUCAAUUCCAAUUUGGAUUCUGUUGAGGUAACCAUCAAACAGAAGGAAAAGAAAACGAAGAAGGCAAUCUUGAUCACGGCAGUUGUAGCUUCUUCCUUCGUUUUGAUGCUUGGUGUAGCCAUGCUUUUCUGUUUGUUGGUGGUUAAGAAGCGAAGAAAUCGGAAUGAUGGACAUGCAAAGCACUCGAAUGAUUUGAAUCUUGAGAAACUGGCAUUUCCGAAACGGUUUUCUUACAAAGAAUUAGUUGCAGCAACCAAUGGCUUUGAGGACGAUAGAAAGCUAGGCCAAGGAGGGUCAGGACAAGUUUAUGAAGGAAUAUUACAAGAUCUUGGAUGUGCGGUUGCUGUGAAGAGAAUCUUUGCCACGAUUAAGAACCAUGAGAAAAUCUUCACCACUGAAGUAAAAAUAAUAAGUCGUUUGAUACACAAGAAUCUGGUGCAGUUCAUUGGAUGGUGUCACGAGGAAGGCGAAUGCUUACUUGUUUACUCGUACAUGCCUAAUGGCAGCCUUGACAUGCAUCUAUUUGGCCCUAGAACAACCCUGCAAUGGAGUUUCAGAUAUAAAAUAGCUUUAGGCUUGGCCUCGGCGCUUCAUUAUCUACAUGAAGAUGCAGAGCGGUGUGUUCUUCAUAGGGAUAUCAAAUCAGCUAAUGUCCUGUUGGACAACGAUUUCAGCGCUAAGCUUGGUGAUUUUGGGUUUGCGAAGCUUGUGGAUCCCCCGGUCAGGACUCAAACAACAGGGGUGGUAGGGACUUACGGCUACAUGGCACCGGAAUAUGCGAAAGGAGGGAAGGCCACUAAGGAAUCUGAUAUGUUUAGUUUCGGAGUUGUGGCCUUGGAACUUGCAUGUGGAAGGAGAACUUACCAGGAUGCCGGAUAUCAUGAGCCGCUCUUCAGUUGGGUUUGGAAGCUGUACCUUGCAGGAAAUCUUCUCGACGUGGCUGACGAGAGAUUGUGUAUGAAUUUCGAUAAAAAUGAAAUUGAAUGCUUGUUAGUUGUAGGAUUAUGGUGCACUCGCCCCGACCACGAGGAGAGACCAAAAGCAGGACAAGUGAUGAAGGUUCUUCAGCUCGAAGCACCCUUGCCGGAACUUCCCCAAAAUAUGCAUGAACAUCUACUGCCUCAACUUCCACAACAAGCUUGCUACUCUCACGGAUCCAUUACUGAUACCUUUGAAGAUGAAGGUCGGUAGAAACUGAGCUACAUCCUUGCACAAUAUCAUCAGAUUCACUCUGUGUUUCCUACUUUUUAAAU